AUGUGGUGGUUUGCAACUUCUGAGACCAUCCACAACGCGGACUGCUGCUCACUUCAGGUUCGUGAUUACUCUCUCCAUCUUUUGCUUCAAUCUGAUAACGGAAUGUGCACAAUAAGAAUCUCAGUUACAUGUUUCGUGUUGAUAAUAGUUAAUCGUCAUCUUUAUUACAAUGUGGACAAUCUCAACAGUGUGGUUUUAAAUCCUCUGCUUCAAGAUCUCGUCACUACUCCUUUCUUCCGUUACUUUAAGAAUGAGUUCCCUGAACCUUUCAAAAGACCAUACAAUAUUGCAGGUCUUCCUUCAGAUAAUCAAGAGGGGAAACCCCAAGCUGCUGUUGACCGUACUAUAGAUAACAUAGCAUUUAGAGGUUGGGUGGAGAGUAAUAAUCCAUGGACGCAUGAUAGUGAUUUGGAAUGGAAACUUGUGUACAUAGGCUCAGCAGAAGAUGAGACUUAUGAUCAAACUCUUGAGAGUGUGUUUGUAGGGCCUGUUAAUGUUGGCAACUACCACUUCGUCUUGCAGGCUGGUCCUCCAGAUCCAUCAAAGAUCCGUGAGAAAGACAUCAUCGGUGUCACGUAUCCUCUCAAUCAUCCAUUUUGA